GGUUUAUAUUCUGCAAGUAUUGACCGCGUGAGCACGUUGUUUUUCCGCUUUCUGCCUUGCAUUAUCGUGCGGCUUCGUUCUCGAUAUUCAAAAUUAAAGUGUUAUUAAGAACCGAUUCGUGAUCAUCAUGAGUGACGAAUGGGAUGAGAACGCUGAUGCCGGCAAGUCGUUCGGCCAGACUUAUCAGGACAAGGACAACCAAGAUAGUGAACAAGACUCAUCGCAAGGUGGCUAUCGUAGCUACGACCGAGGCAGUAGCCGUCGUGGAGGACGAGGAGGUCGCAGCGGAUAUGGCGCUGACCGCAGCGAUGAAAACGAUCACAGUGAUAAUUUUAAUCAAGAUCGGGAAGAAAACGGAUAUGAAAGAAACGAUGAGAGAGGCGGAUUUCGCGGUCGAGGCAGAGGCCGCGGUCGUGGUCGCGGGGGUGGCAACCGUGGUUUCAAUAACGGAUAUGGUGAGCAUUGUGAUCGCGACCGCGAGGACAACGAUUAUGGCAACGGUGGAAAUGAAGAAAGAGGUGGGUUCCGUGGACGAGGCCGUGGUCGUGGCGGCAGAGGUGGUGGACGCAACAGCGGUUUUGGUGGUGGUGAUUACAACAACGACGGUGGAGAUGAUUACGGAAAUCGUGGGGGGAGUGACGGGUUCAGGUCUCGCAGAGGCGACAAUAAUAAUAAUUUUGGUGGCGAUGACGACCAAAUUAAAACUGAUAAACCCAGAGAGCUGUAUAUUCCUCCCGCGCCAACCGAAGAUGAAGAUGAAAUCUUUGGGUCCAGCAUCAGCUCAGGAAUUAAUUUUGAUAAAUUUGACGAGAUUAAAAUCAAUGUGACCGGAGAAAAUCCACCGAAACCAAUAACAUCUUUCGCCGAAUCUGGUCUACGUGAUUAUCUGCUUGGUAAUGUGAGGAAGUCUAACUAUACGAAACCGACUCCCAUUCAAAAGCAUGCAAUACCUAUCAUUAUGGAUAAACGAGACUUAAUGGCCUGCGCCCAAACUGGAUCCGGUAAAACUGCUGCUUUUUUAUUGCCCAUCAUCAAUACUCUGCUCAAUGACAACGAUGAUAUGGAACCGGGCCAUCCGUUUGUGGUAAUUAUCGGCCCAACUCGUGAGUUGAUAAUACAGAUAUUCCAGGAGGCGCGAAAAUUUGCACUGGGAACAAUAUUAAAGGUAUGUCUAGCUUACGGUGGAACUGCUAGCAGACAUCAGAUGGACGCGAUGGCAAACGGUUGUCAUAUUCUUGUUGCUACGCCCGGUCGUUUAAUAGAUUUCGUUGAUCGACAAGCCAUUAGUUUUGAUAAAAUCAAAUUUGUCGUCCUGGACGAGGCUGAUCGAAUGUUGGACAUGGGUUUUAUGUCCUCGAUCGAAAAAGUGAUGAACCAUGAAACGAUGCGUCCAAACGGUUCUCGUCAAACACUCAUGUUCUCGGCAACCUUUCCAGCUGCCAUCCAAGAAUUGGCUGGCCAAUUUUUAGACAACUACAUAUUUAUUGCAAUUGGAAUCGUGGGUGGAGCUAGUUCUGACGUCGACCAGGUUAUUUAUGAAGUUCAACGUUUCCAGAAACGGAAAAAACUGGAAGAAAUUUUGGAAGCUGGAGAUCCUAAGGGCACAAUAGUAUUCGUUGAAACUAAGCGUAACGCCGACUAUUUAGCCUCCUUACUUUCGGAAACCAAGUUUCCAACAACUUCCAUCCAUGGAGAUCGACUACAACGCGAACGAGAGGAAGCUUUGCGAGAUUUCAAGUCAGGAAAAAUGUUUAUUCUAAUUGCAACCUCAGUGGCAGCUCGCGGACUGGACAUUAAGAACGUGGCUCACGUUAUCAACUAUGAUCUCCCCAAGAGCAUCGAUGACUACGUACAUCGUAUUGGACGAACCGGACGAGUUGGUAAUAAAGGAAAAGCAACCAGUUUUUACGACCCGGAGAUGGAUUCUGCCCUCGGAGCGGAUCUGGUGCGCAUUUUGACACAAGCAGGCCAGGAGGUACCAGAUUUCCUACAGGGAAUGGGUGGUGGUGGCGGUAUUGGUGGAUCCAGCCAGUUCGGCGGACGAGACAUUCGAGACGCUGGUGGCUCUCGAGUCGAUGCCCAGCCUUCCCAGCUGGAACCAGAAGACGAGUGGGCUUAAUCACUGGACUUACUCUUUUAUUAAUGUUAUUAAUUUCAUGCUGUUGGCUUGUAUGUAGUUACAAGGGCGUUGUUUUUAUUCUACGAUACAUUUACACAAAGAAUGUAAUGACCGCUGAUUUUUUUGAAAAAUAAAACUGUUUUCCACAAA